AUGGCAACUAAGUGGGAGAAAGUGAAGUAUAUACAGCGCGUGAGGCCAGAUUCAGACGACGGAUUAACAGAUGAAUGUUAUGAUGCCAUUGACGACUCCAAAGUGAAUAUAACACUCAAUGGAGAACAAUCGGCCCUUACGUCCCAAGAGGGUAUCAAACCGAAAUUCUACCAAGAGAACCCACUGUUAUCUCAAUCUCAACCGAUUCUGAAGCACAGAUCGAACAGUUGCUUAUACUUGUCAGUUCCACAAAACAUUGGAAGACAAAAGACUCAUGAAGAAGCCAGAGGAACUUCUUCCUUGAGAAAAACUUCCAGUACAUUUUCUUUGGUUAAUAACCAUGAAAUCGAUGGAGAUAUUUCUACUCGAUCACAGCCAUCAAAAAAUACUCCGCGAAUACUCGUGAGGGAUUUGUUUAAUUCCAAACCCGAGUAUAAAUCGCACCGGUUAAAGGUAAGUUUAAACAUCAUUUACAUAAACAAACUUGCUUUAUGCCGCAAAAUCGCGGUUUUCCACAUUUCUGUGUUUUAUAAUAUAUGCAAAUUUCCCAAUUGUGAUAAAAGUACGUGAUAUUGUAUUAAAUGAAGUUGAUAUUCCUGAGCUAGCAGUUGGAAAAAGAUCGAGUUUCGUAAAUAUUGAGUAACAAAUAAACAUUGAGAAACAAAUAAACGAGCCCGAAGGUUAAUAUGUAUCUCCAUAUGCUACUGAAGUUGAUAAAAAAAAUAUCAUUCACUGCUCCCCACUGUAUGAAUUUUAAUUGGUCACAGGCAAAUUGCCAAGCGAUACUGACUAAUCUCGCACUACUUUCGUUGCGUCACUCUUUUAUAGCUCUAUUUGCAAGUAAAAUAAUGUCAUUUUUGCAAUAUACAACGAGCCUCCCAUCAUUUCAUAUAAAAGAGCAAAAUCGCUUGGAGAUAUCCUCGUUAGAGCAACUAUAACGUCACGUAUCACACUAUCACGAGCUUAUGAGUCAUGUUUGGCCUGUCAACACCUUCCACAAAUGGUCUUGAUCAACGAUCACUGAAGCGUGAACGAAAAUUCAGAAGUCGUGCUGAAAAUUUUCAAGGUCGAGUUUGAAAUAUGACUCGGCAAGUGUAAUUUGAUGAAGUGAGUUACGGCGAGCAAGGUCGUUUAAUAAAAAGACGAGUGUAAAAAAAGACGAGUGUAAAAACGUUUUCCAAUGAUGCGAAAUCUGAAGGGAGAGUGUACAAUUUUAUAUUCGGCUAUAAAAUUCAAGUAGAAAUUUAAAUAAUGAAUUUAAAAAUCAAACAAUGAAUUUUGCCGGGGAUCGUACGCCAUAAAAUGGUAGCCUGAGUAUCAGGCGCUUCUGGGGGAAAAGGGGAAAGAUGGAAGCGAAAAAGGGAUAGAGCUGAAGGAGAGAAACGCCUGACAUAGAUGCAUUUACUGGAGCCUUCCACCCCCACACAGCAUGAUUCGAUACCAUCCAAUCAAAAUCACAUGCUGUCAUUGGGUUGUCAGCUUCACGUGUCAAAAAGCUCGCCUAAAAUAAAUCUCACCAUACGGUCUGGCCGAGCUCCGGUGCUUGUGUUGCUACGAUUUCGCUUUUUCUGAAACCUCCAAUGAGGAGUUUUCGAAUACUUGGAAUGGAAAACCUGCCGUUUUUGAGGAAUUAUAACAUGUUUUAGGAAUUGUGCUAAUGUAAGAUCGCCAACGCUCUGUUUGUAAAAAAACGUGUGCCCGGAAAACUGUAAACUGCUUUUGUUUACAGAGUUACAACAGCGGCGCUCAUUAAUAAGCAGGUUCCUGAGAAUCUGGCAGCUAAAAAGCUGCUGUAGAUCAGGCCGAAAAUCGUCCGAGGGAAAAUCUAAAGUCAAGCUAAAGCCUUGGUGCUGUCGGCUAUUCUCAAAACAUGGCUACCUCGCUCUAAUUUUAUUUACAGUAACAAUACCCUUUUAGCGGCAGGAUGUUGUAAAUCAAAACUAAGAAAUCUGAAGCACUGAUAUCGUCUUCUUUGUCCUGGUCUUGUGAAACCAAUACUCGGACAUAGUUUCGGCAGAAGCUGGUAUAUGAGGCUUUUCCAUACUCCAAGAACAUCUUUCCUUUUAACUACGAGGCUUUGAAAACACAAUUCUUGCUCGCAUUUCAUUUUUAUUCCCGCAAAGAACUUGAGAGCGCCCUCUAGAGUCUCUUUGAAUUCCUCUCUGCGUCUCUAUCCAUAAAAUUUACACAUGAAGUCAAAACACUCUGCUCGUGUUUACUUGCGGUCGUUGACGUCAGGGCGUAUUGUGUGUUAUCCAAUCACUGCCACAUCCAGAUUCUGGAUGUGUCACACGAUUUGCUGAAUGGUUUUGUGUCAGGCCUUCCUUUCUCUUCUCCCCCUCCCCCCUCCCCAUCAAAAAUCUCCUCUCCCCUAUCCCCUUAGGAAGACCUGAUACUCAGGCUAUAUAAUGGGGGUACCUCGACAACACUAAACACUUAACAAGGAGUUUUUGGUCAUUCUCCAACAUUUCCUGAUUAUUCGAAGAUUUCCGUUAACUCCCGAAGAUUCUCGAAACUUGCGAAGAUUUCCGGAAAUGACCGAAGAAAUCCGAAGAUUUGCAAGGAGAAAUCCGAAAAUUUUUUACCUUACUUUUUCGUCGCUAAUUUCACAUGUGAAAGAUAUAUUUUCUAUAGUGUACAGAUAGGAUUUUUUUUUUUUCAGGAAAAUCCCCUCUCCGAAAACAGUGAAACAUUAAAAAAUUGUCCACUUUAACAGCAAACACUAAAAGUUAUGGCUAAAUAACAAUAAACACUAUAUAAACCCUUAUCCAGACCCUCUCUCAGGAAGAAGAACGGCCUCACACCGUUCGAAAUAUCGGGAAUAGUUACUCAAGUCGCUUUGUUAUUUGCAGUUUUGUUGUUACAGUUUAUUGGUCUUUGUUACUGCGCUUUUCACAAACAUGCGAACUCUAAAGUUCAAAAGCCGCCUUCACAAUCGCGUUUUUCGCUGCCGUCAAUCAUAAUUACGAUCACAAGCAACGAACCUUGAAACACAGAAACACACAGAUGGGAUCGAAAUCCACCAAUCACACACCACAAACCAUGACCUUUUGAACCCGUUAAAGUAAAGUUUUGUUUCCUAAGAGGUUCUUUAAGAUGACUGACGGCAAUGAAAAACGCAAUCGUCAGUUGGCUUUUGAACUUCAGAAUUCGCAUGUUUGUGAAAAGCGCAGUAAAACAGCAAGAUUUACUAUAAAAAAAACUUAUGUCAGGUCCCGAGGGAAACAUGAGGACUCUCUCUUGUUUUAUACUCAUAUUUUCACUCAAAGAAAUAAGUUCGCAUCAAACAAAGUAGGUACAUAUAGAAACACAAGUUUCAUUCACAAAGGACAAAGACAACAUCUGAUCAGUGAAAAAAACAAGGGACUGUGCAAUAAUUACCUGGAGGGGGGAGUUGGGAAAUUAGAGGUGGAGAGAGAGUGGGGGGUUGGAUGUAAACUUUAAUACAUACAGGGGGGGGGGCUUUACUUUUUCAUUCCUUUUUGCAAACUGGAAAAGUAGUGGAAGAGUUAUUAGAGUUCAAAUAUAAAUACUAACAUUGGAAUAAAACUGACAAAUUUAUCAACUCUAAGGUGUUCUGAUCUAUGAACUGUUGUUUUCCUAUCUGCAAUGCAGUAGGAAAGGAGUGCCCCUGUUAUAUAUGUUUAAACAGUGCUACUUUAUUUGAACUAGGAUUUAAUAAAACAGGGAACUUUAAUUAAAAGUUGCAAAAUUAGCACUAUAAUGUGAUUCAAUGAAAAAGCACACAUGGCAUCAUAAUUUAGCAGAAUGAAAAACCCAACUGUUGAAAUUUUAAUAGCAAUACAACUUAAAGUAUGGUAAAUAAAACAUGUAAAAGAUGUAAACGCGCUUACCACCAGGCUGCUAAAAAUGUAUCUAAAGCAAAAAGGUCUUAAGUUAAGUGGAAGAAAAGCUGAGUUGAUUGAUCGAGUUCUCACCCACGCACGCGGGAACCUUAGUGCCAGAGACCACUGUAGAAGAUGAGGAAUCUCCCAAUUCAUGCGAAGACGACACAAGCUCAGAGUCCAGUGAUUUUGAUGACUCUUCAAAUGACUCUUCGACAUACGUCGAAGAGUCAUUUGAAGUGAUGUUUGUACCGGAGGAAGAAAUCCAACAAGUAAACUAGGUAUGGGGAAUCAAUAGGAGGAGAUUUUUUUAAAGGGGGUGGGGUUAGCCUUAAUAUUAUCAUUAUGUGGGGGUUGAAAUUAAUUUUUGCUUAAUGAGAGGGGGGGGGGUAUGACUUAGUUUUGGGGUAUAUUUCACUCAUUUUCCAACCCCCCCCAAGGUAAUUAUUGCACAGUCCCUAAAUGCUGAAGAAACAGCUCACAAUUUACUUCACAGUUUUUACGCAUGCACAGUAGAGUCGAGGACCAUCCCAUGACGGAAAAGCCGGUGCCCCCUUCGGGUAUGAUGCUAGGGAGACUACAUGCCGCUGUUCUCAUAAAAUCAUUUCAUCAAUGGAUCAGUACAACAGUAAAUUAAAUAUAACGGGAUGUGCGAUACUGAUAAGUUUGACCUUUUCUUUCGUCAUUCAAUAACUACCCAAGUUCUUUCGACCAAAACUGGUAAAAAGGCACCAAGGCACUUUAUUAUUUUGAAGACCACAUACAUACAUACAUACAUACAUACACUUUAUUGAUGCUCCCUAAGUGGGCUUUUCAGCUCAAUAGAAUAAAAAAAAUACAAAUAUAUAAAUUAAUUGAGAAUGUAAAUACAAUAAUAUUAUAAUUACAAAAUAUAUAUCAAUAAUAUAAUAUAUCAACUUAAUAAAACAUUUGCAAGAUGACGUCUAAAAUUCCUGGGGCAUUUUAAGGACUUAAUGUUAUCAUUCAAGGAGUUCCAGAGUUUGGCUCCUCUGAAAGCAAAGGAGCGCUGCCCUGUUGACAGGCGACAUAAAGGUAUAUCCAAAGCACCAGAUGAUCGAGUUUGUCUAUUAUGGACUUGAGAACGUGAUUUAAACAUAUCAGCAAGAUAGUCUGGAACAAGCUUGUUAAUACAUUUGUGCAUCAUAGUAGCGUCAUUUAGAAUGAGUUUCUCUCUAAUAGGAAGCCAUUUCAACGAUCGCAACCCAUCCGAAAUAUGGUCAUACUUUCUUAGUCCCAGAAUAAUUCGCCCAGCAAAGUUUUGGACUUUUUGUAACUUGUCAAUAUUGCUGCUGCUGGUAUUACUCCAGACAGUUGAACAAUAUUGGAGUUUACUAAAGACAAAUGAAUUUAUUACUAACAGAAGUGUUUUCCUAUCCAGGAGGUGCUUGAUUCUGUUAAUUUGGUACAAUUUAAAAAGGCAUUUAGAGGCAAUCUCAGUGAUAUGUUGGUUAUAACUGAGGCGUGUGUCGAGAAGAACACCCAAGUCCUUAACGACAGGCACAGGUGUUAUUUCCUUGUCAAAAAGUGUUAUACUGAAUGAUGACAGUUUCUUUAAAAGUUGUGGUAAUCCAACAGCUAGAACCUUAGUUUUGUCCGGAUUAAUCAAAAGAGAGUUUUUACAGCACCACUGAGAUAUUCUCGUAAGAUCUUCGUUUAAGGCGAGGAUGGACGUGGGUAAUUCGGCAGGUGAAAAGGACAAAUACAAUUUACAAUUAUCAACAUAGGAGGCAGAUAGACAACGUUUAGGAACAGAAAGGAGGUCGUUAACAUAGAUUGUAAACAAAACCGGACCUAAAAUAGAGCCUUGCGGAACUCCGAACUCAAGUGGGAGUACUUUAGAAACUGCGUCACCAAUUCGAACGCACUGUUGUCGGUUAGAAAGGUAACUCUGAAACCAAUCCAACGCACCCUGGGAAAAAUCGAGAUUUUGUAGCUUGGAUAACAAGAUGUCGUGUCGAAUACUAUCAAAUGCUUUAGACAUAUCUAAUAAGACCAUGAUGGAAACUUUCUUGUUAUCCAUAGCCUGGAGCAACUGAUCUGUAACGUACAACAGAGCUGUUUCUGUCGAGUGAAGCUUUCUAUUUCCGCUCUGAUUUGCUGCCAGUUUAUUAUUUCUAAUUAGAUGCUCCAUAAGUUGUCCAUGUACCAACCUUUCAGUGACUUUUGAGACGAUUGGUAAUAAUGAGAUGGGGCGAUAGUUGUUAGGGACAUCUGGAUUACCGCAUUUGAGAAUAGGUGUAACCUCUGCUGUUUUCCAUGCACGUGCAAAUGUGUUGGUAACAAAGGAGUUAUUCACAAUGUGGGUAAUUGUUGUUAGCGUACUGGGUAAACUGUCUUUAAGAAUUCUAGAAGAUAUCUUGUCCAUUCCAGGAGCUUUGUUAGAUGGUAGGCUUCUAAUCACCCUUUCUACCUGAUUUUCCGUGACUUGAUGGAGAACGAAUAAUUCGGGGCUAAGUCCAUGAUGUAAAGAUAAGUCCCUGGCUUUUUGAGCAGUAAUACUGCCGACGGAAGUGAAGAAAUCAUUUAAUUCGUUAGCUAACGCAGUGGGAUCCUCAGAAGCCAUAAAACUAUCUUGUUGUUUACGUGGUAGACACCGGUUAAUGAUUUUCCAAAUUGAGUUAGAAUUUCCAUUGCUAUCCAGGAUCUGAGUCCUGACGUGAACCUUUUCGGCCACACGAAUCUCCCUUUUCACUUCUUGACGAAAAAAUCUGUAUCCGUUCCAGUGGAAAGGGUCAUUUGUUUUUCCCGCAAGUUUGCGCCAUUGGUCGCGCGUUCUCAUUAGUUGACGAAUUUCUGGUGUUAUAAAGGGGUUAGGUUUAGAUCUAAUUUUAACCCUCUUGACUGGAGCAUGUUGACUUAGUACUUCCAAGAACAGUUCGUUGAAUACAUCAACUUGAUCGUUGAAAUCGUCAAAUAGGCUUAUUAUGUGAAAAGGCGCAUAUGACAAAUCACGUAGGAAAUUGUCGGCGCUGUAAUUAGUAUAGCUUCUAAUAGUGACGUAACAGGGCUUGAUCCUUGGCUUUUUUAACUUCAGCGAGAUGUAAACAAGAUUGUGAUCGCUAAUAGUUGACAUAAGGACGUCGUUUGAAGCAAUUAGUUUCUCAUUCGUGGUCAUCACAACAUCGAUUAACGAUUCCCCAUUCUCCGUGGCUCUGGUUGGUUUAUUGAUUAAUUGGGUGAGGUUAAAAGUCGAGCAAAAAUCGUUUAAAGCACGGGAUUCUGCGUUAUCUUGAAGGAGGUUGCAACGACAGGAUUUAAGGCCCAAAAAGUCACUUUAAAGGAGUUCAACUGUACUUGAAGUUAGCCUCUUUACAGGACAACGGAAAUAUUGCAUGAAUGCGACGGGGGUUAAAUUGCGGCAUUUUUGCAAAGAAGACUACCAUGCAAUCGUAAUGAGCGGGCUGACCCCUCAACUACUGAGACAUACGAUAUAAAUAAAAGUAAAGGAAAUUUGGUAGUAAAAGAAAUUAGGCUGAAGUACUCACUACUGAUCGAUAUCAUGAGAGAAACAAGAAUGAUUGUAAUCAUGAAAGCUUCACCGAACAAUCGGUUUAUCACCUGACCCCGUUUCUGUAAUAUCUAGGUUUCAUUUACGGUUAAAAUGUUAAAUACAGAUUGUUGCGUUUUAUAGCAAUUUAGCAAGAACAUAUGGUUGGUUUUCUUAAAGGGUCACUUUGCUCUUAGCCAAUUAGCUCUUUAUGAGAGUAAAUAUUAUUCAAUUUCAGUGCAAGGUAGCUCAUUUUCUGUGGUUUUAAUCGUUUUCAUUUAUAAAAGAGUCUUGUUUCAAGAUAUUUGUAUUAUGCUAUUAAAAAUCUUUUUUCAUGGUCACCCUUGCUAAAAAAUGCAAAAAAAUUAGACCAACACCGACUAUAUGUGAUUGCUUAUUUUCCUAAGUUUGAACAAAACUAUUUCUUUUACUUUGCCGUUUAUUAUCUGAAGAAUAUUGAGUUUUAAUAAUUAAAAUGUAUCGACAGAUGUUUUGGCUGCCUUUCUGUUUAAAAUGAAACAAAAUGAUAAAAAAUCAAUCCUUCGACUCGUGUCUAUCCAUGAUCGGAGAAAUUUUCGCGAAUAAUGAAAUGCCAAAAUUGCAUUCCGGUACGAUGCAAGGUAAAUAUUUCAUUGUUUCCUUCAUAAAUUAUUUUACUCUUGUGUCAGAAACAAUUUACAGGCUACAAGCAAAUUGAACAAAUCACGACCAAGUCCUGAUAUAUAUUGUUUUCAGUCGCAGGGUCGGUUUCAUAUUUUUUUGUCUCUUUAGCUUCUUUUGUGUGUUAACUGAAUAGCCCAAUGAUUCUUAUAGACUCAAAGAAAGGUGCACAACCAAUCUUGUCUUCAGCGAUCAGGCGAUUUAAAAAUCUACUACAGAAUUUGUUCGCCUACUCAUAAAUAGACACACACAAUGUAUUUCUCGAUGACUUGUCUAAAUACCGUGUUACUUCAGUGUUUGACACCAGCCAGCUCAUCACAAGUGAGCCCAAUCAGUCAAAUUUAGACUGACAAUUUGAUUUACAUUCUUAUUAUCCUUUUGUUAUUCUGUAAUUGUAUUAUGUUUUCUUUUUUGAAACAUUUCUCGAGAGUCAGGCUGUAUAUGUCAACUUGUGCCGCAGGUGAAGUAUUUCAUAUCAAAGUGUCUUUUAAGGAUAAUUAAGAGUCACCUGACCUAACUAGGUGAGCUUCAAAAAGUUAUUGAGCUAAGGUAAAAAUACAGUCUAAGUUCCCGUUCUUCAGUCCCUCCGUCCAUCUCUUCGUCCGUCAGCCUGUACGUCUGUCUGUCCGUCUGUCGGUCCAUCUGUUUCCGUCUGUCUGUCCGUAACUGGAGCUGACCGCCACAGGAAUGAUACUCGUAACAGGCCACUUGUAAACCAAGCUUUACGUCUAUUUUAUCUUUUCUCCGGAACUUAAACCUGUAUUCUAUCAUGAGAAGACACAAAUGGCUUGAACUGUAAGUAUCCCGGAGAGCUCCAUACAAUUCCUUAUAAUUUUGUUAUAAGGAAUUGUAUGGAGCUUUCGAGGAGACUUUUCUUAAUUAGCUUAGGCGCGGCGGAUUUUGUCACGUAUGAUCAGCGCGAGGUGUUUUUCCCGACACCCUUCUGUCAGGAAAAUGUCAUCAUAAUUAUGAAAGCAAAACAGACACGAUCGCGUCGGCAGGCCGAAGCCGGCAAAAAUAUAAGGCUUUUCUUGUUCCAUUUCAGAGGUCAGUUUUGUUUCGAUCUGGUCAAAAUCAGGUUUUUAGGUUGUAGGUAAUAAAAUAUUGUCUUAUUCUGUUCUCAGGAACCUUUAGAAAAAGAGAUAAUUGAUUAGAGAAAGAAGCGUGAAAACGCAUUUUUGGAAGAAAAUAUUUUUUAAUUCCCGCAGCGAUUUUGCGAAAUCGCGAAGCGCAAUAUAUUCAGUUUCUUCCAAAGCCGUCAUGAUUAAGCAGUGUAAUGCCAUCACAACUAAAAAUGAAUUUAGUUUGUAUCGCAAAAGCUGCGAAAAUAGAGAUGAAAAAAAAAAUAGAUCGGAAAAAUUAAUAAAAUCACCAAGAAACCGUCUCGCGCUAGCUUUGUUAAACAAAUCGUUGGUACGGUUUAUUUAACCUAACCUGGAAAAGGAGACGUCUGCACGUAGAAUACAUUUCAUCCUACAUGUAGUUGUGAUUUCCAGAACGGACCUCGGGAGCCUCAUUGCCGUAAUAUCUUCCACACUACAGAAACCAAAGCAGAAUCGCCCUGCUCGCGUGCUAACUUUCCGCUCCAAUUAUGACUAUACAGUACCAGUGAAAUGUUUCAAAAUUUAAAGCGGCCGAAACUUAUUUCCAUCAGCGCGUAGUUAGUUAGUUAAGCAAUAAUAAUGCACAGCACUGUAAAUAACACGGUUCUAGAAUAUCUGACGGCUUCGCGUUUUGUUACCGUGUAUUACCUUACCUCAAUUAAUGAUGUGUGUAAAUUUGUCUUUUGCUAUGGUUUUAGACAAUACGACUUCUCCUGACUAUCAAUUUUGCGUCAAAACAAGCGCGAUAAUGAAAUAGACGAAGUGCCAUGGCAUAGCACUUUAUGAGAAAGUUUUAACUGGAAAACUUGUUACCAUCUGAUGUACACCUGUAUAGUCUAUGUUUGUAAGCUCUGCCUAAAGAAUCACUGGAUUACACUGCACCCAUGGGUGUGCCACCUAAAGUGCAGCCUAUGUUUGUUAGCUCUACCUAAAGAAUAACUGGGUUACACUGCACCCAUGGGUGUGCCACCUAAAGUGCAGCCUAUGUUUGUUAGCUCUACCUAAAGAAUAACUGAGUUACACUGCACCCAUGGGUGUGCCACCUAAAGUGCAGCCUAUCUUUGUUAGCUCUACCUAAAGAAUCACUGGGUUACACUGCACCCAUGGGUGUGCCACCUAAAGUGCAGCCUAUGUUUGUUAGCUCUACCUAAAAGAAUCACUGGGUUACACUGCACCCAUGGGUGUGCCACCUAAAGUGCAGCCUAUGUUUGUUAGCUCUACCUAAAGAAUCACUGGGUUACACUGCACCCAUGGGUAUGCCACCUAAAGUGCAGCCUAUGUUUGUUGGCUCUACCUAAAGAAUCACUGGGUUACACUGCACCCAUGGGUGUGCCACCUAAAGUGCAGCCUAUGUUUGUUAGCUCUACCUAAAAGAAUCACUGGGUUACACUGCACCCAUGGGUGUGCCACCUAAAGUGCAGCCUAUGUUUGUUAGCUCUACCUAAAGAAUCACUGGGUUACACUGCACCCACGGGUGUGCCACCUAAAGUGCAGCCUAUGUUUGAUGGCUCUACCUAAAGAAUCACUGGGUUACACUGCACCCUUGGGUGUGCCACCUAAAGUGCAGCCUAUGUUUGAUGGCUCUACCUAAAGAAUCACUGGGUUACACUGCACCCAUGGGUGUGCCACCUAAAGUGCAACCUAUGUUUGUUACCUCUACUUAAAGAAUCACUGGCUUACACUGUACUCACGGACGUUUGCCUCGCGCUCUCUUCAAAGACAAAAAAGCUAUAGUCUGUUUGGCCAAAAAUCAAGCUUUGUUUCCCCUAAAAAUUGGACACCAUAUUAGGGCCCCGAAAGACGUUAAAAGUUCCUCCAUAAUAGAAGAGUGUUUUGUUAGAGUUAAUAAACGUUUGGCUUACAUGAGUUUCAAUAUAAAGGUGCAAAAACUUAUCAGCAUAAUUAUAGCACACAAACAUUGUCAUCAAACUCCUGGCAUGUAGCCUGAAUAAGCCAAGCAAAUAUGAAUAAAGCAUAUAACGAGAAAUAUUCGUCAAAUGGUCUCGUUAAGUAAAUUAUACUUCACUUUGCGACAGAAAUUUAUCGUUUGUAUCCGUGUUACGCAUCGAAAAAGCGAAGAGUCAUCGCAUGACAUUAGGUAACAGAGGUAAUACUCACGAGUUUCACGAAUUCCAAUUCCAUGAUUUUUUGCCGAGUAACAAAUUAAAAACUUCAAUUCUUACCUUACAGUGGUCGGUUCAUUUACCUUACAUUUGCCAACACUAAUAAACAUGAACAAAACGAUGAAAUCCGGCACUCUUCUUUCAGAAGUAGCAAGCCGCAUGAAGUAAAAUCCACCGAUGUGCGCUGCAUUCUCACUACAAAUAUAAACAUUUGUCGUGAAGAAAAUACGACGAGGAGGAAAAAAUGCCAGAUCUUCGCCUCGGCAAUGUGUUCCAGCUACCAAGCCGGCGUAUCUCCAGAAGGUGGACUCGAAGUACGACAAACCUUGUGAUUUUUUUAGGAGCCCUUUGCGCGCAAACUAAUUUAUUCUGGCGCGAAAUGAAGAUUAAGAAAAUGUAUCUGAAAUCUAAUACACGACAAGAAAAUUUUCGCACUUUCGAGGAGCGCGACAUAUUAAAUGGGAUUAAGUCGGAUUAGCUGCCCGCGGAGAAAACAUCCCUGCGUGGGAUGGUACUUCCAGUAAAAAGCCUCUGUGUCCUCUCAUGCUAUUCCAUGCCAUUCCAUUCAAUUCCAUUCCAUCCCAUCCCACCCCAUCCCAUCCUAUUCUAUUCUGUUCAUCAAUUUAGUUCGCAUGUUUCAGAUUUUUUCCCAUAUGUUUUUUGAUUCUUCAGUCUAGUGAGUAUGGUGACAGCGAGAAGGAAACACUCCACACUCACUCAAGGAAAGGAAAUACACAGGAAAUCAAAGCGCUUCUUCAGCAAAACGAAGGUCAGUUUUAUUAUAAGAAGAAAUCAUAGAGGGUCAGAACAAACUUUUAUAAGUUGAUUAAUAGUAUUAUAUUUCUCUGUUCUUACGAACACUCUGAUUGGGCAGUUUAGCAGACCGUAUCUCACUCUCACAAACUGGAAAUUUAAAAGUUUGUCUUGGUUGCGAUUCAUGACAUAAGCAUGUUGUAAGGCUGUUCUUGCCAAGUACGUUUGUUUAAAUAACCCGCCUUAAAAAUUACUGCUGGUCCAUAAAAGCAAACACCCUCCGCUUUUACCUACAGACAUUGAUAAAAGAGACAAUUAUGGCAAAACCGCCCUCCACCAUGCUGUAUCAGCAGGACAGGCCAGUACAGUGAAAUUUCUCCUCCAUCACCAUGCCAACCCAAACCUGAAAGAUCACAGAGAUGAAGCACCUCUACACGCCGCAGUGCGGACAGGGAACUUGGAAGUGGUGGAGGUAUUCCAGAUUUUAAUCGACUUUAAUCAAGUGUUCAAUAGACCUUUUUAACGAUACGGCGGCCAAAUUGAAUUUACUACAGGCGCGGAUCUAGGAAAAAUACUGACCGAUUUCUUUCAUGAGCGCCAAAGGCGCAAGUUUCUAGGGGGGAUCCAAGGGCUUGCACCCCAUUGAAAUAUUUGGAUUUUAAAUACCUUAAGUCUCCUUUCCUUUAGGUCUCUGAGUCAUUCAGACAGGAUACUGGCUAGAUUUUAACUUGGAAAGUCUUCUCAUUAAAAUGUAAUUAUUUAUGAAAAAUCUGAGCGAUUUUCGUGAAACGGUGGAAACCUGUGUGGAUCCGCGCCUGUACUAGAUUUAAGGAGUAUUAUGGGAUGCCCAGUGGGCACUCGCUCAGUUUAAGAGGGCUUUUCGGGCGAAAAGAGAACUGUAUAUCUCGGGAAAAAGGCGAUCAUUAAUACAUCCAAACACGGCACAACGAUCUGUUUUGCUCAUUACAAUCUUUUUUCUAGGAGAACUUAAAGAGAAAUUGGCCUGAAAAACGCGCGUAAAUACUGAGCGAGUAUAUCGGAUCGUGUUCAUGCCCCCUGGGCAUCCCAUAAUAGUCCUUAACUCUAAUAAAUUCAAUAUGGCCGCCGUAUCGGUAAAAAGGUCUAUUGGUUUCCUUUGUGAUUGGCUAAGAAAUCUUCUCUGGCCACUCCUUUUUUAAGUAAAAAAAGAAUGCAGGCACGCAUCGUGACUAACUUGAUUUCCCUUCGUUUGGUCCCCGAUACAUCCAUAUGUUACGAUGCGUGAUUGUUGUACUUGAUUGCCACAGUGUCAUUGUGACUUUUUAGUGGUCGUGUGGUUACUUCUCUGGUGUGAAAAUUUCUCAUAAAAGCAUGAAAAAAAGUAAAUUCCAACUUAUAGAAUUGCACAGUUUUUUUGUCUUUUCACUCUUUAGCCUUGUGAUAUCAAUUUAAACCUUAAAAAAAUAUUAUUGACUUGAAAGAGAUAAUUUGUGAUAUUACUUAGAGAACAAGCACUCCAAAAUGCUCAAAUAUCUGCAUUUUACUUUCCCGGCCAAUACCACACGCAUCCACACAACCAUAUCACACGGGCAGUGGCAGCCAUGGACAGCUGUUUCGCCUUAUUUGGGCUCAUCAGCAUGCCAUAAUCAUCGGACCACCGUGCGGUCAAAGCCCCGUUCAGAGGCCCUUUACUUCCGGUGCGUGUGCAUAGCACUCCUUUAAGCGCAAGCUCCACACAGAGCCUCAGUUAGGUGUCAACUGCUUCUUCUCAGCGUGCCCCGUUGUCCGUGCGAAUUCUGGGGAAGGGUUCGGUGACGUCACAGCUCAUGCUAGGGUCCAGGUUUGACCAACCAAGCACCUCCAAUGGACUGGGCUAACAAUACUCAAAAGUACAAAUCCUUUUUUAAGAGUUUGUUCAACGGUGUUCUCUUUGCUUUCAAAUACGCUUUUGAUUUAAUUUUGAAUACUGAGCUGCCUAUCAAACUGGGAAAAACUAGUCAGUUAUGGACAGUAAUUUCAAACAUUGGACUUUUCCUUAUUUUGUCAGGCCUUACUUCACCACAAAGUAACCAAUGUUAACAUCGAGGGACGUAACAAGUACACACCGCUCCAUAAUGCUGCUUAUCUGGAAAAUAGAAACGCUCUUGAAAUAUGCCAAAAGCUGGUAAGGAUAACUCAAAUGGUGAAAAUAAACCGGGGUGCGGAAGGGUAUUCCCGAGGGGAGGGGAUAUCCGGGAUCUGACAAAAUACAGUGCGGAAUUAGGGCAACGUUACUGAGAUACGGGAUUAGACUGCUACCCUGGAAGCGGGAUUCGCCAAAAUUAGGGGAAGAAAAUGAUAUUCGGGAUAGCAAUGACGGAAGUUCAGGGCGCGGAAUUCUCGUGAAAAAGAGGCGGGAAAGCGGGAUCAGAAUCCUUCCAUUCCAGAUCCUGAUUUACCAAUGGAAUGAAGUGGUGCCUUUUUUAAAGCCAAAUGUAAGCAGGCCAAGGCACCUAUGCGUUCGUAAUUUAUAAGGCUUCUUAUCGGGUCCCGUCUGUGCGUCUGUGUGGAAGUCACAACUGUUGUGAUUCAAAGCGGAAUAAAAGCGCUAACUUAUGUAUAACCUGUUCUAAACUCUCAGUUGGUCGGGACGAGCAAGAAAGAAAAAACGAGCGCUGUCUGGAAAUAAAGAAACUUUAUCAUAAUGACGAAGAAAUUUUAGGAGCGAAUACAUGAAUAUGGUAGGAAUGGGAAAAGAAUCAGGAAAGCACCGAACUGUGACUGAAAUAUUGAAGGAAAGUCCAGCCUCCACUUUAAGACUAUUUUCUCAGUUAAGCGUGUUUUGUUUUGUACUAGUUCAUGAUUUAUUUCAUCCUGUACAUGUAAGAAACAAGAAGCUGUUUAUGUUUAUUCCAAUGACAAAAGCAAAAAAAAUGGAGAUAAGACGUGAAAUUGUUUGAUAUUCGCACUUCAUAUCAAUAUUGUCCCGACAGGGGAAACAAAGUUAUGGGAGGAAAUCACGACUGCCAGGACAAAAAGCAUGCCGAAUAAUGAGGGAAUCCGAGGUCAGCCACCACCAGGGGAGGUGGGAGGAGCGAAACUUUGAAGUCACUUCCAAUACUGGCCAAGAGGCGGGCAAAAAACGAAUAAUUCUGACCAAGGACCGCAAUGCAUCAGACCACCAGCGCGCAGGCAAAACUCGACGGAAUUUAAAGGAGUUACUUAUUUCCCGCGUGACGGGUUAAUUAUGUAUGCAGUGGGAGUAGAAAACAAUAUUCAUUCUCUCUUGGUUUAUUAGGCCACUCCCGAGUUCCAAAAGCUCUCACUUUCAAAAUGAGGCCAAGUGCACAACCUUUCUUGUGAAAACGAGUUUUACUUGCAUGAGAAUGAAAAAUUAUUUCCAUAUCAAAGGCUGAGCACUUAACCUCAUUCUGAUACAGAGGCCCGGGGAAACUCGAAAAUGGCUUGUUGCCUGUAUAAUAGUGUAAAAAUGAAGGUCGAAUGUAUGUAAGAAAACUGUAAGAGAGGCAUGUUCUUUUUUUCCUUUAUUUUCAGUUAGACUGCGGCGCAAAAGUCACAGCUAAAGGAAUAGAUCAGAUGACUCCACUUAGUGUGGCAGCUCAGAAGGGGUCGGCGGAUAUCAUGGCCCUCUUUUUCAAGAAAUGUACGUAGUACGUUAAUAAUCGGGCAUGUCUCUUGAAAAUAACAAGUGGUUACGUAGCCACCUAUUGUUGCUCUUUUCCGCACAGGUCUGACGAGGUGGCCGAGUGGUUAAGGCGUUGGACUGCUAAUCCAAUGUGCUCUGCACGCGUGGGUUCGAAUCCCAUCCUCGUCGCACAUUUAAUUUUUAUUGGAUUUUAUCUAUUUUUAGUAAGUUUCUUUUCUUGAAUUAGGUAACGAGAAAAAUAUAAAUCUUGUCUUUUUGACUGAUGUCAAACAACCGUGGCUUUUCAUGAUUAAAGAGCUCGUUGUUUUUAUUUGUCGAUUUAUGUCCAACAGGCGAUGAAGUUAAAAGAGGAACAAAACAGCAGCACGACCUGAUCUACAAUGUUGACUAUGAGGGCAGCUCUCUUUUGCAUUUAGCAAUAGACAGUGGUGUUUUGAAGGUAACAAAGAAUUGCGCAUAAUGACCAGCAUUAAUAUACCGUAUUGCUAGAAUAAUAGCCGGUGGCGAUGAUUAUUUUCUUCGCACAAAAAGAGGUAAUUAUUCGCGGGAGGAGAUUUUUGAAAUAUUCAAGGGAAGUCGUUCCCAAAAUCAAAAAAUGAUCACGUCAAAUAAACUGAACAAGGGCUUUUUAAGUGUUCCAAAUUUGGUUCUAUGAUUAAUUUUCAAAGGCAAUAUCCUCGGCGACAGAGCUUGAAUCGUCACUGAUCAGUUUUGCUGGAUCAGACUUUACUAGUGGAUAAAAAAGGGAAGAAGGCGGGGGGGGGGGGGGCGAUUAUUCAAGGGAAGAGAGUAUUUUAAAAAAUUUCCGUCUAAGGGGGCGAUUAUUUGAGGGACAGCUAUUAUGCGAGGAAAUACGGUAUCCAUGAUUUUUCAUUUACCAGUUUACAAAGCCCCUACUUAGAAAAAAGUAUUGUUUCAAUUUAGCAUUACAGGGUCCACAACAGUUCCCAGUUAACAUUAAAACGCACCUGUUCGCUACUUUACGGGAUUAUCCCGGAAGUGGAACUCGUAUUCCGCCGUGAAAUACACGAGGACUUAAGCUGGGAGCUUCCUAAUAGUAACGCCCCAUCUAGACCACUUGCUUCACCUAAUAAUUUGCUUAGAAGUGUAACUCUGUUUAGGUUGUAUUAGUAAUUUUGUCACUAAUUAUUCUUCCUUAGUAACUUGAAAACUCUUAAUUUAAUUUCUAACCAAUAAUUCUGUCUUUGUGCCCAUUACGUAACUUACACUAUGAACUUCUUCAAGUUGUCGCUCUUGGUGAUUAGCUGACAGUGUGCUUUUCGUUCAUUUGCUAUUCCUCAAAAACCCAUAACAAAAGUAAAAAAUCAUCGUUCUUGUGACUGAAAGUCAAACACUUUAGUAAAUACAUAAAGUAAAUAUGAACAACAAUUGUCCCAAAAUAAUAAUUGUAUCUGUUUAUGUAGCUCAAACAAGUAACGUGUUUUUAUUGUAAGCGUGGAAUUAAUAACUGACAGAAUAACUGAAACAAUCCGCAAAAACGAUUUUCAGGUAAAAGCGUAAACUUUCUUAGAUAAGGUUGCUGCGUUAAGUAUCUUUUUGGGGGAGACACGCAGCAACCUUGUCAUAAUAUUACUGAAUACUAUGUAUUGCCUAUAACAGUUAUACGUAUUCUCUUUUUAUAAUUUUUCAGGCAGUUAAGCUGUGCCUGGAUUCCGGGUGUUCUGUAGCGGCAGUAAAGGUAUAAUUUAGCCUCAUAAUCUAUGUUGAACACUUAUUGAAUAUUAAUGAUUUGCUCAGGCUAAUGACCCAACAGACUUUUAGAAAGUCUAUGUGUUUUGCUUUUCCGCUUUGAUGAUUUGGUAUUCGGUUUUACAGAGGAUAAAUGGUGGUACUCCGAUCCACUUGGCUUGCAGACUUGGGGCACUGGAAAUCUUACAAUGCUUGUAUGAACACGAUCCAGCGGCGUUCAGAUUCCCCUUGGUAGACAAAGAAGCUAUGACCCCUUUACACAGGUAAUCAAUUUAGAAAUUACAUAGAAGUCUAUUGAUUCAGUAUUGUAGUUUUCAGUUCAGUUCAAAGUUAAGGGGUCAUCUGCCAAACACGAAACACAAUGUUUUAUCACAUAUCAAACAUAACACGAGAAGAGAGUUGAAAAGGCGAUGGCAUGGGUAGGUGAAUAUUUUUUGGAGGAACUUCGAGUGGUAAUACCAGCCGUAAAAGUCCGAAAAUAAGCCCGUCCAUGCACAAGCCUCUCCAAAUAUAAAGCUCCCCAAACUCGUUACGGAUGAAACCCCCGUUUAAUCGUCCUUCGAACAGUUAAACCCCCCCGGGGUAUUAUACUUGGAAAUUGCUCUCAAAUACAAGCCAAAACGGUACAGUAACAUAUAUAUUUUUUUGUUUGCCUAAGAACUAUGGGGGCUUGGAUUUCUUCUUUCCACUGACAAAGUACUUGCAAGGGCCGGAAGUUAUAUUCAGCCACCCUGCACCCAAACUCUUUCUGGUGCUCCUCGCUUUUCACCUGUUAUCUUUGCAACGAUAGAAUAUACUAUCAUAAAUUUCCUUCCAACUAUAUAGAUUUAGAUUUUUUUAGACGCAGCUUUCCCUCCAAGUAUAAGCCUUAGCAGAUUUUAAACGCAAAUUUCCUUCCGUAUAUAAGCCCAUCCGAGUAUAACCCCUUCAAAACAUAAGCCCCUCAAAAAGGGUCAAUGAAAAAGUGAAAAAUAUAAGCUCCGCGGGGCCUUAUUUUCGGUAUUUUACGGUAUUAAAGCAUAAGUGGCGUCAUAGGCACAUACAUUGAUCUAUCAGUUACUAAUUAGAUAAGUAUUUGUUUUAUCAGUAAGUAAGGUUACUAUAAAACAGGCAACAAAAACCUGCGACUCGUUUUGCAACAUUUCUGCAAAAAGAGUUGAAUAGCGAUGUUACGCGUUCUACCACCCACGGUCAAACCUGUCUUGUAACAAAUCAGAAACUUUUGAUUGGAUAAAACUACGCGGGAGUCACACCAUACACGGGAGUUACGUCACUUGCUGCAAAACAAGUUUACCUUGGGCGGGUAAAACACGUAACAUGUGCAGAUUUUGUUGCAAAAAGUAGAACCACUCUCUACUCUCUGCAACAACUUUUCGCACCCUGCAACAACCUGAUUUGUUGCAAGACAGGUUUGAAGGUGAUUGGUAAAACGCGCAUCGUCGCAUUUCAACUCGUUUUACAGCAAUGUUGCAAAACAAGUUGCACGUUUUUGUUGCCCGUUUUACAGUACCUUUAAACCUAAAUCUCAUGGCUGGCUUCAAAUCAGCAGCACGUUUAUGGCCUUUUCAUUUAGAAAUCGUUCAGAUCAGUCGAUCUGCACCCGCUUUACUGUGAAUGAUGACUGUGGUUCCCUAACAUUAACCUUUGUAUUUCUAAAAUGCUUUCUUCUUGCAGAUGUGCAAUGUAUAAUCAUGUAGGUGUUGUUCAAUUUUUAGUUGAUCAUGUAAGUAUCCACUCUGUAAGUUUCUUUCAGUCUUAAGAUCUCUUAAUAACACUGGUAAAUGGUUUGUCCUUGAAUUUUUCUUAUUCUUCUCUCCUUCUUCUCUCCUUAUCGUUUUCAGGGAGUAGAAUUAAACCCACGCGACCGAGAAAAAUGUACACCACUACUCUUGGCAGCGGCUCACGGCUGUCCAGCGGUUGUAUCUUAUUUGUUGGGAAGUGGAGCUGACGUCACAUGUGAAGAUGACAAGAAAAGAACAGCACUACACUGGGCGGUUGGACAGGAUAAAACCAUAGAGCGGCUAUUGAAGGUAAAAUUUUAUGCGCUGGCCAGUGAAUUAGCACGGUCCUGUUUAGACAGCGUUUUGCCAAACGUAAGGGCUAUCUACACUUCAGUAGGCCCUGUCAUCCUUAUAAGAAGAUCACGAAAGCAGCGAGAUAGAAGCUGGCCACUGAUUGGGCACAAAAUGAUUUUUUUGCUCAAUCACAGACAAACAUUCGAAUAAGUCGAGGAACUGGUUCGUUAAGAGUAGUAUCCCAGGGGCUCUCUCUCCCGCUCUUGAAAACUUUCGCCGCCGUUUUUCCUGACCCAACAGACGGGCAGUGGCGAUGAAGACAACAUUCUGUCAUUAGAGUUACACUAAAUCCAUUGUUGGGAUUUUUGAAACGGCACUUUGUCCGUUAUGCUUAUUGGUGGCGAACAAUUUGCACCUGUCUGACGAGGUGGCCGAGUGGUUAAGGCGUUGGACUGCUAAUCCAAUGUGCUCUGCACGCGUGGGUUCGAAUCCCAUCCUCGUCGUGUUGGUAUUUUAACUUUUUUUUGUUACAUACUUUAAUAUGCGUUUUGACGAUAACAGUAGAAGGAGCUAUACAAUAUUGAAAAUAAACGUCUGAAAUACUGAAAAAAGCAUCGAAAUUUUCUCAUUUUCCAAAUUUGCUCGACACGUCAUGUUUUGCGUUUAAAAAGUUUUCUAUAAACUUGGUUUACACCCUUAACUUGUAACACAGGAUCCCCUCGUACAGAAAAUGAAGCUUGUGAACCAACAGGACAGUACAGGGGCGACGGCUCUUCAUUACGCUGCACAAGGCGGGUUCCUCAAGGUGAGACUUAUUUUUAUUCCCCUCGAGUUUCAUAUUUUUGUUUUUGUUAUUUCAGUCAUUUCCUUUCCAUUUCUUUUUACAGAGCGUUCUUUUAUUGCUCAAGAAUGGAACUGAUCCAAGCAUAAAAAACAAUAAGCUUGAAACUCCGCUUCAUUUAUCCGCCAGGUACAGUAGGCACAUCAAACAACAGGGCUAUAGUUAGGCUUUGUGCCUGUUUAUAUGAGGUGAGCUAGCCCGGUUAGCCGGUAUGGUCCGUUUUACCGGGCUGCCUGGUUUCUCUUAAAAUUGUUGUUGUUGUUGUUUUUUUUAUGAGAAGGCGGCCGAGAUCUCUGCACGAGCAACCGAGAUCUCGGCAAGCGCGCCAAUCUGCCUUCUCAUGUAAGCAAAGCAAAAAAACACUGAAACAAGGUAUGAGCCCAAGCUAGCCUGGCAAAGCUUGCCAGCCGGGCUAAAAGCUCUGGCUAACUUCAUAUAAACAGGCCCUUAGUAUAGGCUCUUAGUUCGUCUCAUAAAACAGGCGUGUCCCUAAUUUAGUGCUCCUCUUAAUAAUGCUAAGAAAAAAAAAACAAUAAAAGCAACAACGAGAGCUUUUUAAAGGCUAUUGUUGAUUAAUUUCCAAAGUGGUCUUGGUUUAUUUCUUACGAAGCUAUACCACUGCGCGUUUAAAGCGCGGGUUUAGCUAUCGCAACUAUGACUGAUGACGCUUUUUGCAAAUCUACCUCAUGUCUCAAGACUACAGUAGUUACAGUAGUUAAUGAUGUUAUCUUCUUAUGCUUGUUUGUUCAGUCAUGGCUGGCUACCGAUCGUAAAGAAGCUAAUGGAGGGUCGACAGACGCGUUUAAUGAAUGUAGGUAACUUAAGCGAUCACACGCCUCUUCACUUAGCUGCUUCUAAUGGACAAGACAAAGUUGUCAAAUUUCUCUUGGACAGAGGUGCUACGAUAGAAAGGUGAAAAGUAGCUUUAGCUAAUAAUUAUUUCAACUCGGCUUCUAAAUUAACUAAAAAUGCCGUGUGUCAAAAGCGUUAUUGCACAACUUGAUUGAGGAUAAAGUCAUCAAACACGGCGUACUUGAAUGCAGUAGCAUGACAAUAAAGUUUUCUUUUCAUGGUUUUAAGCAUAUGCUUGUGCUUGCUUUUAGAGUGCUCUAUUGCGCUGGCUUCGUUCAGACGUUGCAUAAACUCGUUAGCUACCGUGGAAGGCGUUUAAAAGACUAGGGGAAGAGGUGUGAGAGAACAAAAAGGACGCGCACAUCGUGUUAACGUGCGCUUCUAUUCCCCCUACACCUUUGAACCCCGGCACCUUCAAGCGUUUGUCACGAGAACAAAGCUUAAUACAGGGCUCGAUAAAGUCAUGAAAAAUCUAAAAAGCGGUGAAAUGUAAGAACUUCAUUUUCCAGGCCUGAAAAGUCAUGGCAUUUAAUUGUCGGUCAUGGAAGGUCAUGUAAAAUUGAAGUCAUUUAUGGUAGAUUAGUUGUUGCAAAUUUCAAAGCAACUGAGGAAAAUGUAAGAUAGAGACGACAGACGAGUAAUUCAAUAGCGCGAACGAGACCCAUUUUGGUGGACACAAGUGUUUCUGUCUGUUUAACAGAGUUAGGCGAAAAUAUUGCCAAAAACAAGAAAAGUUUUCAAAAAUUUCGAAAGUGACAGCUAAACUGACUUAAGGUCAUGGAAAACAUGGAAAAGUUCAUUGAAAAAGUGGUGGAAAGUAUAAGUCUUGAAAGAGUUCAAAAGAGUUCGAACCCUGUGAUACUAUUUAGUGGCUGUCCAGCUUUCUGCUGGACUCCUUACAACUCUACAUUCGAUUGUUAGAAUGUAUUAAAUGGGAAAGUUGACGUUUUAACAAUGCAAAGUCUGUCUUUUAUCAGUAUUAUUAUUGUUUUAGGGAUACAGACGGGCGUACACCACUGCAUUUUGCCGCAGCUAAGGGUUCAUUGAAAAGCGUCCAGUUAAUCAGUGCUGCGAGUUCUAACUGCAUCAACGUGGAAGAUAAUGCAGACCAGGUAAUUAUAAGAAAAUGCUGAAAAUACUGUUUUUGAUGAGAACAACAGAUGCGAGUAAAUCGGAAAUAUAAAUCACACUAAUCUCGCUUCCAUGCCAUCAGGGUAUGAGGAGGAUGAUGAGGAUAAGUAAUGGUAACAGGACUGAGUGGAGACCAAUUCGGUCUGUAAUCAUACGAGUGAUUAACAACAUCGGAUGACCACGUAGCGGGAGUCCGAUUUGUUUAAUCACGAGUAUGAUUACAGACCGAAUUGGACGACACGAAGUUCAGUUACCAAUUAAUCGUUACUUUAAAAAAAUUUGUGAUAUAUAAGGCUCUUUUUAAAAUCAAAACACAAGAAAUUCUAAGAUUUGUUUUUGCCAGCAAUGAAAAAAAAAAAACAUUUCAGCGCGCGCCGGCUUAAUGGCGCGCACUGUCCAAUUACUUACUAGGCAUGAGGCGUACUGUCCUAUUAAACUGUUCUAUUAAGGUGGCUCCGUAAUUAAUACAAGAGCAUUUAGCUGUGACAAAUUUUCCGUCAUAAAUUUUUGGUUUUUAACGCGAUGGCUGCGAAACUUUGCAAAGAACAACAGAUAUCAUUAGGCAAUGAUUCGAAAUAUUCCGAUUUCACUGAUGGUAAAUAUUUCUCGAGAAAUUAGCGCUUAAAAGGACCCUACUGUUCAAAGAAAAUCGCGUCUAGUAAAAAAUUUUGCUGAUAUUUUUUACUGAAAUUUCUGGUAUCGGCUUUAAUUGAUAUAAUAAAUAUGCCAGAGGAAUUUCAGAAAAAUCGUUGGAGCAGAAGUCCGAAACUAAAAGUCGCUCAAAAUUCAGCUGUGAAAUUGUUUUGGAAUUUCAAAAAUAAAUUACCAUCAGCGAGAAGGAGCCACCAGUUUGAAUUUUCGGGACAAGUAAAUUCAGUGUUUGCUAAUUCUGAAACAGAAGCCGAUUGCCUAUCGUGCUAUUCUUUAAAAGGUACUGUUCAGUUUUAGAAGCACUAUAAAUUGCUUCAAAACUUUGCUCUGACGUCGAAUGACUUGUUGUCCUUGUUCCUCGACAUUUUUAAAAUAUCCCUUGGCAGUUUUGGUUCAAACUCCUGCUGCACACAUUUUGAUGUAUUGCAAUGCAUCCUCAACGGCUUUUCCUGCUGUACGUUGUUUCCAAUUCAGGAAAAAAGGUAUUGGGAUUGUAAAAGCUACCUUGUAUCAAAGCUCAGAUAGAACUGUCCAGCACCUUUGUUUAUGACCAGAAAAUGAGCACGAGCGGCACUUGUGCGAGGAAUUCGCACCCUCAGCCAGGGGGACGAAUGACAAUGGUGCCCAUGUCUGUGAACCGAUCUGUAUAAACAUGUAUUGCAGAGCAAAACAUAAUAAUCAAGAAAAAUACCCAUUCAUUGAGGGAAGGAGUGACAAAAAAUUCCAGAGUUGUAAAUUUAUUCACGGGCAGUAUUUUUGCGAUAAUUUUAUUUUGGACUGUGAUGUUAUUCGGUUCACAGGCAUGGUCAUCGAUGUCGUUCGUCCCCCUGUGUGAGGUGCGAAUUCCACGCAGAACUGCCGCUCGUGCUCAUUUUGUAGUCAUAAAACAAAGGUGCUGGACAGUUCUAUCUGAGCUCUGGUACGAGGUAGCCUCAAUCUCAAUACUUUUUUCCUGAGUUGGAAGCAACGAACAGAAGUAAAAGUCGUUGAAAAUGCAUUGCAAUACAUCAAAAUGUAUGCAGCAGGAGUUUGAACCAAAAACUGCCAUGGGAUAUUUUAAAAAUGUCGAAGAACAAGUAAUUCUACCUCAGAGCAAGGUUUGGAGCAAUUUAUAGUGCUUCUACAACUAAACAGUACCUUUUAAAGAAUAGCACGAUAGGCAAUCGGCUUUUUGUUUUAAGAAUUAGAAAACGUUGAAUUUACUUGUCACGAAAAUUCAAACUGGUGGCUCCUUCUACCCGAUAGUAAUUUAUUUUUGAAAUUCCAAAACAAUUUCACAGCUGAAUUUUGAGCGACUUUUAGUUUCGGACUUCUGCUCCAACGAUUUUUCUGAAAUUCCUCUGGCAUAUUUAUUAUAUCAAUUAAAGCCGAUACCAGAAAUUUCAGUAAAAAAUAUCAGCAAAAUUUUUUACUAGACGCGAUUUUCUUUGAACAGUAGGGUCCUUUUAAACGCUAAUUUCUCAAGAAAUAUUUACCAUCAAUGAAAUCGGAAUAUUUCGUGUUAUUGCCGAAUGAUAUCUGUUGUUCUUUGCAAAGUUUCGCAGCCAUCGCGUUAAUAACCAAAAAGUUAUGACGGAAAAUUUGUCACAGCUAAAUGCUCUUGUAUUAAUUACGGAGCCACCUUAAGGCUGAAAUCAGGGCAGUUGAUAACCAAUCAUAUUUGAGAAUUUUGUUAUAGUUAUGAUUAAAUACCGUAUAGCCCCGCCAAAAUUAGGUACGGCAAUUAUACAUUUACCCUAAAAGCAAGAGUUCCGGACGUCUAUGGUGGCCUGGGAGUGCCAUAAGAAAAUUGUGUAGUAUCUUGUAAGUUCCCCGUAAUUUAUUAUGUUAUUUCAUUUUAUUUUUAAACUUUAAACGAAAAAAAAUUAUUAUCGAGAUACUUUAAAUCAAAUUUAAACGAAAAAAAUAGAAAGUAAAGUAAACUAAUUUUAAGCAAAAGUAAAAUGAAACGAAAAUAAUAUUUCCUUGGCCUAGCAGUGCCAUAAGGUUUUUUUGUUCAUGGCCUAUCGAUGCCAGAGCCCACAAUGCACUUCGCUGAUCUUUUGCGUGGCUCCUAAGCGACGUUUGCAUGAUUUCUCUGGGCGCUUUCCAUUUAGUUAAAAUUUCCGGAAUUUCCGGUUCGGAGGUAAAUGGAACAUGUUUCGUCGGUUCGUCCCACUGGAAAAUUCCCAGAAAAAGUGGAAAAUCUAAAAAGGUGGUCCCGUUUUCCCGGUUGGAAUUUCCGAACGGAAUGUCGUGUUCCAUUUACGUUUCUCGUAGUUUGUACCAGUUCCAGGUCCACGGUCGGGCACCGCCACGUACCUGUGUUUACGACCAAAUGGAACAACUUUUUACCGAUCGGAAAUUCCACUUUUGCUACCACCGAAAUUUCCGGGUUUUUUCCUAAAUGGAAAGCGCCCUCUGUUUCAAUCAUGUCGGGUAAACGUAAGCAAUGGGACGACUACAAGGAGCGCCAAGGAAAGAGACGGGUAGGUGCAAAGAGCGAUAAAGCUAGCCCCAGUGCAUCUGAAGGCUUCUUGACUGUGCAGAGACUAUCGGCAAACGUUUAAGGCAAGUGCCAAAAGUACAACCGCAUUGGCCCUUUAACCCUCGUGCCGUUCGACAAAGAACCAACUUUCAAGAAUAUCAAAGAUGCCUGUAAAUCGCAUUUUGGAACAAAUUGCAAAUGUGAUGUUCUCGCGGGCGAACGCGGGCCCUCUUACACUCAUGAAAGUCAGAUCAAAGACUGGUCGAAGGUCAUUCAUAUCAGAUUUCUGGAAUAUGAAAAGUCGCAAAAAGCCGAGGAGCCAGUCUUCGUCCGGCCAUUACAUAAAAGUGAGCCAGUUAGCCCACGAAAGUGCGAUAGUGCGGCGACAGCUGUCACAAAAUCGUCUGUAAUACCGCGUUCUGUCUCUCUUAGUCAAAUGUUGAAAGUGGGCCAGCUUAUAGAACCAGAAACAAAUGUUGUCACGCUUCAUCUAGAAGAAUUUGCCGUCAAUGAAUUGAAGUGGUUAGAUCCUUUUCCGGUCACAUUUUCGCUGCAUCGUAAGUCGUUUUCAGAAGGUGCAUUUAGAGAGGCAUAUAUGGCCAAGGCUCUAUAUCAGGCCUUCCUAAAGGAGAUUAUGUAUUAAAGAAAUACAAAGAAGCGUUUGCGUUUGAUCUUGCAUCCAGUCAGCAUUCCUGGUUUGAUUUACCGCCAUCUUCUGUGGGAAACGUCAAUACCCAAGUGCAUUGUGGGCUCUGGCAUCGAUAGGCCAUGAACAACAUUUUUUUUUUUUAGAAAAACCUUAUGGCACUGCUAGGCCAAGGAAAUAUUAUUUUCGUUUCAUUUUACUUUUGCUUAAAAUUAGUUUACUUUACUUUCUAUUUUUUUCGUUUAAAUUUGAUUUAAAGUAUCUCGAUAAUAAUUUUUUUCGUUUAAAGUUUAAAAAUAAAAUGAAAUAACAUAAUAAAUUACGGGGAGCUUACAAGAUACUACACAAUUUUCUUAUGGCACUCCCAGGCCACCAUAGACGUCAAAUCGUGUUUUAAUUUCAUUAUCUUUCUCCUACAGGACACUGCCUUGCAUCUUGCAGCAAAAAAUGGUCAUUCAAGUCUAGUUACCUAUCUCUUAUCCCAUGAUUCUCAGAAUGUGACGUAUAAUGCUUACAACCAGAAUGCCCUGGAUGUCGCCAUAGAGGCGGGAAAAGAGUCAGUUGUUCUGGCCAUUGCGGCGCAUGGAAGGUAGCUAAACUGCGCUAACGACAAACAUUGUGGUCGCACAAUGCGGUUGCAUAAUCGAACAGUGCCAGUGCAUUAGCACGGGACCAUUAUCAACGCUGACGCAGUAGAAAUUAAAGUGCUAACACUACAAAUGUGGCCCUAUUAACAGAGAAUUAACAGAGCUCAAGGAAUUUUUUUAAUUAUUGCUAAAACUAUCCUCUUUAACUUUACAACAUAAUACAACAUAAUAGGCGAGCCUUUUCCUAGGGCCUGGGGUUAGGAUGAGGUAGAAGUUAAUUUGAUGGAUAGUGUCUUUCUUAGGAUAUUAGGAUAUGAGAUGUUUUGAGUAGUGUGAUCUUCUGUAGUUCAUGCAUUUUAAUGUUAUCUGGGAUCUGUUGUGUAUAUUUAUUUUUACUACUAUUUGUUAUUAUCAUUAUUAUUUGAAAAAGUGGCACCAGCGUUUUAGCGAAUCACAAAGCUACAACCAGUUGCAAAAGUACUUGAGACACUGUACCGUAUUUUGGCAUAAAUGGCCUGUCCAUGAUCUUGUGCUUGUGAUCCCCCUCCACCCCUUAUCACUGGUUGCUAGCAAUACAAGACCAUGCUCAAAACUUGGAGGAACAACUUUGAAUGGGAGGGAGGAGGGAGGUCAGUAUUAUAUCUCACACACCUGUGACCAGGAGCGAUUUGAAGCAAGAAUGGUCGUUUUUCGUGGGAUUGUUUCAACAUUUUUGCAGCUGGUUGUAGAAAAUCCUCCCCAUAAACAAUGGCUGGUUAUUUGCUCGAACAAAGGCCUGUUAUAUUUACUCACGUGUGGAAUAAAUAGACGACUCCCAUAUUCCAAACGUAUCUUACUUCAGUUACGUUGUUACCGAUUGUGUCGUCCUAACUUUGACUACGGAAAACUAAAAAUUAUUAAUACUGACCUAAUUUCACCUUUAUUUUAUUAGGUGGAGGGAAAUGUGUCACCGCGUGGAAGAAGGCAUGACACAACUACAGCGUCUUGUAAUGAAAAUGCCAUUAGCCGCGGAGGUUUGAAUUAAGUGUUGUAAAUUUUUUUAUGUACUCGUACCUUCUUUUGGUAAUUCUCUCUUAAGACAUGGAAGUAGAAGCAAAAGCUAUAUCUCAGGAGAAAACGUUUCCUGCUUUUUUGAUGACUAUAUAAUAUAUAAUCAUUGUUAAGAAGUAUUAAAAUUAUGACACCAAUGGGACAGUUUCUUAAGUGAAUCAGUGGAACGAAAAAUAAUAAGGAAAAAUCAGAGACGGCCUAUUGCAUUUUCGAGUUGGAAUCCUUCGCCUUUCCGUGGCCAAUAUAGCCUGCGUAGCAGGCGUCGAAAGGGGUAGGGGAUAGGGGAUAGGGAGGAAGGGAAAAAGGGGAGGCUAUGGCCAAUAAUUACUCUUAAACUAAUGCUUAUAAUUGUAUAGUACUUAUGUUUAAAGAGACUUAAACAUUUGGUUAGAAGGACUGUUGCUAAGACACAAGGUUUUGACCACCGCAACUCGUCAUUGUCAUGUUCACUGUGAAAAAAUACUUACAGUUGUGUUUAUAUGUGGAACGCAACCAAAAGAACGAGAACAACUAAGAAAAAAAUUGCUAAUAGAUAAGAGAGAAGAAAAAAUAAAGCAAAAAAUUUUUGCAAACACACCUUCUAGUUUUUCCAUAUUUUGAGAGAAUUCCCUUAACUUAGUCCUUAUAAAGAAAUCAGCCUUAAUAAUUUGAUUUUCUUGUUCGUUUACAGAAAUUCCUCGACAAAUGUGUUGAGGAGAGCGGCGAUAAAGAUAAAAGUGAAGAUUAUGCAGUAAGUCUAUCGGCGUCACUAAACGACAGAAUAACUAACUUUUCCACUUUUUCCUAUGCCCCAUUCUCUCCAAACAACUCUUGCCUAAUUAAACGUCCGCGGUUUUUCCUUAAUAACUGAGUAAUUGAUAGAUUUACUGGUCCAGUUUUUUUUCUAGCCUCGUUCCAGUCCUCGCAGUCCUUGCUCUUUCCCACUAACCAAGAGACUAGAACAUGGUCGCUUUUCUCCAAAUUUUCAAUCAAGCAAAGACACCAUACAAGUGCCACCAACAGGGUGAUCUGUGCUAUAGUCGCAAUACUUAACGGCGUUAGAGCUUUAAAUCCGCGCUCUUUGUUUUUGGAGCAGAAACGUUUCUCUAGUCGCUAAAUCAUUCGUACGAAUAAUCUAUUGUUGACUUUUCGAGAAAAGGCUUGUUCCUCUUAGAUGCUGUUGCAGAUUCCUUGUAUUUAUUUAGGUAGAUAUUAUUUCCUUAACAUAUUAUAGUCAUCUUAUUAUUAAUGCUUCAAAUCGUAUAAUAGCUUAUAAUGGAGUGAUUUUCAGAUCGUAUUUUCAUAAUAGUUCAUAAUAAGGUCAAUGAUAUUGUGCUUCAGCACGCCAGUUUUUGUGAUGACAGUUCCUGAUUCAUUUUACUGUUUACAGGUAACGUACGACUUCACGUUGCUGCAAGGCAUGCCGGACAUUGGAAAAGAUGAUCCUAAGAAAUAUCUUGACAGUCUACAUGUUAGUUGUUGUAGUGAAUAUUUCAUUUAUUGUGACCUUUUCUCUUCAACGUAAUCAGAGAUCGCGAUCAGUUUGCGCUGACAAUUUUAGUUUUAUAAUAAUAAUAAUUAUAUUGGUAAUAAUAAUAAUAACAAUAAUAAUUAUAAUAACUUUGUCUAAUGAGGGUAGCACUUUACAGCGGAAUAAGGACAAAUCUCUGGCCCUCCCUCAAAUUACAGUUAGAAGCUAAUUUAUUACAGAUAUAUUUACAACAACAUCCCCAUACCUCCACAAAAUAAACUAUAAUAAAAAAUUUUGAACACCAAAGGAAAUCUAAUGGAGUAGAAAAAACAAGCCAGAAAGAAUUAAAAAUAUAAGUAAUUAACUGCUACAUGAUUAAAAUUGUUGUCAACCGUUAGGUCUGAUUGUACCAGAUCACAUACCUUUAAUGAUAAAAUUAGCGCUAGCCUUUAAAAAAGCGGCCCCUUUUAGGGACCGGUCAUUAUUUAACGCCUGGGUAGGGGGGGGUGCGGAAGGGGGCAGAGGGGGGGGGGGGGGGGUUAAACAAGGUGAAAUUUAGCUGAUCCCUCCUUUGAAUGCUUUUUUUUAUAACUUUUUUUUUGCCACAACAAGUAUGAACAUACAUAUAGCAGUAUAUACUUAUAGUAAAAUAAAAUCACACACAAAGCCAUACAAGAUAUUUGAUUUCAAGUCAGGGCAUUCUACGUUUUACAAAGCAAUUAAAAAUUGUUGAGAUGUUUCGAGUAAGCAACUACCCUCCGUUGAAUGUUACUUCACUGAAGUUAUACCUCUGAUAACAUUUGAUGACUUUCGCGAUCCCCCCACCAUGUCUUCAUUUUCCAAGCAAAUUUGAGUGGCCCCCCUACGUAUAGGAUAAGUGCUUUAUUAUUAUCAACAGAGCGCCUACAGACACAGGUGUUUACAACGAUAACAAAUAUUUAGUGCAAUAAUGACAGUGGUGUACGUUUGUAGAAUUUAUACAACUAUUAAAUAAGGUUAUAUUUAACGCGUCUAUCUCUUUCGCGGAAGCGAUCACAUACGUAUUUAGCCACAAUUUUUUGCAUUUUUUCUCCUUGCUUCAUACUUAUCAACGUUGAAAAGGCAGAGCUUGGGGUCAUAGAGUCAAGAGGCAAGUCGUAUAUCUUGUUAAAGACUUAAUGACUGCUCCUGAGGGAAACAGAUCAAGUUUUUUGUUUCCCGAGAAUCCGCUCAAUGGAGCCAAACCAAGCAGGCAUAAUGUACUAAAAUAGUUGUGAUUCUAUUGACAGACCAUGGUAAAAUAUAAACAAGUGAACUGCUUGUCACAUCCAGUUACUGGAGCAAUCAUGAACAUCAAAUGGUGAGAUGAUAUAGAUGUAUGCUUACAGAAACGAGCAAAAGUGUGACGUGAUGUUACCAUGGUAGCAAAAUUUCUGGGUCUCAACAAUUUUUCUUGACAGUGACGGCCAUUUGCCUUGUCGAAUGUCGUGGCAGGAACGUCAUUCAAACAUUUCAAUUAUUUCGUUUUUUCCUGCCGUAUUUACAGGACCACGGUUUGUUGAGAUCCAGAAAUUUUGUUACCAUGGCAACAUGACGUAACGACUUCUUCUCUCUAUUCAAGGCUUUACAAAAAUAAAUAGCCUUGGAAACAUUGUUAGUUAUGUUAGACAACUGAGAAAGAGCUAACAAAGGUGCUGUAUGAAUACUCGAAUAAGGAGCAGCACCCCAUUCCCCACUUGAAUUUAUAUUAGCUAUAGCGCCCACUUGAGGUAAAAAUUUUUUAAUUGAGCCCACCACAGCUCUGAUCAGUUUUCCUCCUUAAGAAAGAAAAAAUUCCUGAAUAUCGAAAUUGACCUUAUAAACGUCCACCUCCAAUUAAACGCCUCUUACCUAAUCAACGCCUCCCCUGCGCUGUUUAAAUAUUUUUAGACGCCUGUCUCUAAUAAACGCCCCCUGUAUAAUAGACGCCCUCUAUGAGAAUUACUCCAAUACUAGGAAGUACCUAAAAAUAAACAAAAUCAUUCAAUUCGUUUAGUUUUUUUAUUGAUUAACAAGGCUUUGCGUAUCUCAUCUUGUUCAAUGCCAAGUUUAAAGUAAGGACAAACUAACAAUCCUGAGCAAGGAUUCUGACAUCAAUGUUGGGAUUUGAAAGAGCGAUAUGGAUCUCUAGCAGCCUAGACUUAUUAAUUGAUGGAAGGGUGGAUAUUGCGCUAUUUCAAAACUCUUUUGAUAUUUUUGCCGCAAGCAUAUUAGUUUUGUUGAGCUUCAUAAAGUUAUGAAAAUAAAGGCCUUCCUUUUUUAAACGGCCUCCUAUCUAUUAAACACUCCACUUGGACCCCUACAAUUAAAUAGACGCCCCCGGCGUUUAUCAGUUCAUUGGCUCCCUUAACUCGGAAUAUCCUUGGCUUCACUGUUUUUCGACCGGAGCCAAGAUGGCGUCUCAUUUCGAGACAUUUUUGGAAGACGAAAUUUGAACGAUAACUAAAGCAGUCAAACAAACAAAUACCAAGAGAGCGACGAACUUUGGCUUGGUGGUGUUUACUGGUAGGUGGAAAAUGAACACUGAACACUGAAUUUGCAACAAAAUCGUAAAAAAUGCACUUGAAAAAAUCCCCGAAAUGUUUGAAAAUUGUAAACAAAGUUACUGCUAAGUGACGUUUUUAAUGUACCAAAAUUUCCCUUUUUUGUGAUUUUUAUCCAACUGAUCAUGUGUUGGUAAAUACUAAAACAACUAUCCCCCUCAGGUCGGUGAACAGCACUAGAUAUAUACCUCGACGCUUCACUAUUCACCUCCCCUUCGGGGGAUAGUUGAAAAAAAAAAGAAGAUAGAAUUAGUUAUUUGAUUCAACGUGUUUACUUUCAGGCGGAAAGUUGGGUGGAAGGCUUACGUCAUGAAUUUAGGAUUUUACAUUUUAUUCCUUGUUAUGCUGACUACUAUGACCAUAUUACUGGAGGACAAAACACAUAGAAGCUCUCUGUUGAAUAUACCACGCUUUACUAUCGUAAUAAUGAGUCUUUUUCACCUGCUGAAGGAAUUAUUUCAAAUAUGGGACGAGGUGAGUAGUGGAUAGAGUCGAUAUUUUUCCAUAACCUUUUUUAUCCAGCAAUUUUUAGUCCCACAAACUUUAAAUUUGGCAAGUAACCGGACGGUCAUGGCUUACUGAGGAGUAAAUUGUGAAGAUGGGGCACGAAAAACGCUAUUUACUUCUGCGGCAAAUUUCUGAUGGACGUAAAAGGCCAGACUUUUUGUGUCGAUCCUCUUGAGGACGUGGACUCAGCGUUACAUGUGUCCGGCGAUUUUUAAAAAUGUUUAUUUUUACACACGAAAGAAAAGGGUACUCUCAUUUGUUUCAUAUAGGCUAUGAUAUGUAUAAACGUUAACGAAUAGCUCAUCAUGUCGACCCAAAAAAUACUCCGACCUAGCAUAAACAGCUUUCCACAAUGUCACCAGGAGAGACACAGAAACCUCCCGGAUAGGUGACCAUCCACUUCAGUCAAGAUGAGAUCGGCGCGGCGCAAAGGAAAAGAGGAAAGCAGCACUAGAAACACUUAAAUCACCGUUCUUACAUGUGAACAAAAUGGUUUUCGUACUGUCGGAAAAGCUAUUCAGGAUAAUGUAGACAUGUUCUAACCAGCAAGUUUCAUCUUUUUCUUUUUCUAUUUUACACUUUCCGUGCCUCUCCCGUCCCCUUGCUGCUGGGAUCAUUCCGCCAUCACGUAAAUAAACUGCCCCUCAAAGGAGGUGUAUUUAGAUUGAAAGGACCAAGUUUCAAACUCAUUUAUUAGUUCUAUUCGCUCACAAAUUGAGUCAUUGAACAAUAAGCCAUCGACCUAAGUGGACAAAUACGAGAAGAGAGGCCGAAGCACCGCUAGCAUGCGUAGCUGGCAGAAUUGUUCUCGCGCUUUUUCCAUUCUCCGCGCGGCUUCGAAAGAAGCUGCUCUGCCAAAAGACACGAUCCUGCCGGCUACGCAUCGUCAUCGGGAUAAAGAAUUGAACGCGGUACAAGUAGUUUGUAAAGUAGUAUACGCCCUUUUAUGAUGGAUACUGAAUAUUGACGUACGUCUUUUUAUCUUUUUUAGAAAUUCAAAUAUCUUUUGAAGAUAGAUAACUGGAUGGAAUGGUUUCUGUAUAUGACAAGUCUUGUUUACAUGUUUCAAUAUCGUGAACUCAACAGUAAAGCCGGAACGAACACAGAGUUAAAUAUCACAGCUGUGGCUGCUACUGCAAUUUUUAUCGCUUGGGUUAUAUUUGUACUUUAUUUAAGAAGGUAAGUUAUAAUUAGACGAUUUCCUUUCUCCUCCACUCUCUCCUCUUAAUAAGUAAAACAACAGCUUUGCUUGGCAGCAAACCUCAUUGUCCAUUUCUUUGCCGUCACUGCACGACUACGAAGUAAAAAUGCCUAAUUUUGGUCAGUCUGCCGUUUUGGUCUUCUAACUAAUUCGAAUGGUAUUGUGAAUUCUAUCUUUUAGUUAAUUGUUCUCGUGCGAGUAAAGCCCAAAAGUUGGCGUAAAAGCAAAGAGCGAUAGCGUCCCCUAACCGGUUUUAUUGUUGCCCCACCAGUUCGGGAACUGGUCAGAAGGGUUUUUAUUAAGUAAAAUUUGGUUUCAUUUCAGGUUUUCUACGUUUGGUAUUUACAUUAUCAUGAUGAUGAACAUUAUACGAACUCUCGUCAAGGUAACGAUAGUUUAUUAAAUUUGUAAUAAUGAAUUUCGCAAUUGUGCAACAAGUUACCUGUAGAGAGGAAACAAACUCAAGGCAAUGUCAGGGACCGAUUUUUUUUUUCUAACUUUUGAUAGCAAAGCUUAUAUACUUUGCCUUUCUCUUAAUAUUACCUUAAAAACUGUGUUAUGUAGCCCUUAUGUGAAUUCUUGGAGACAAUUAGAGCUGAUUCUUUUUCUAAACGUCUUCUGUGGUUACCUGUGAUCAGGUUUUCGUUUCGCUUGCUAAAUAUAAUCCUAGCGACCAAAUGAGGGCUGUCAAAAUUGUGACUGAUCUCAGGUUAGUCUGUGGCCAAAUUGAAAGAGGCCCGGUACAUUUAUUUCUAGUGUAAGAAUAUAGUAUUAAAAAGUACUUUUCCUGUCGCGUGAACCGGAACCUUUAUAUGUUUUUUCAUCGUUUGAAAUAAACCUCGCCUUUUUUUUAGUGUCCAGUUUUUCAAGAUUCGACUUUAUUAGUUUUACUUAACUGUUUCUGAGAUUUCCUCUCUCUUCCAUCCCACAGAUCAUUAUUUUGUUCAUUCCUUUUGUGAUUGCCUUUGGAAUACCGUUUUACCUUUUGCUCCGCGACAAAAGUCCAGUGAGUAACCACUAUAUUUUACAAAUGAAAGGAAAAAACAACUAUCAGGAUUAACACCCUUAACGAUCCCAAAUUGUACGAAAUUUUAAGACUGGAGAUUUUUUUAUGUUGCGUUGACGUGUAUGCACAGAAAACAUAACCUUAUUGAUGGCUUUAGUGGAAAUUAAGUCACUGCAGAUUAUAGCCUGCCAACAAUACCUUUUCAGUCUGUCGUGUUGAGCCAUGCAAGCAGGAGUGGGGAGGAGGUGCGUUAGCCUGCGUAAGAAAGGCGGACGAGGGCAGAGAAACCGCGAGGAUUAUUUUUCUCGCGGCUUCGCCGCUCGUGCGCCUCGGCUCGACAAAACUGCCAUGCUACGCAGGCUAGGUAUGCGUUUGCUUAAAAUGCUCGCCCGCACGACAACCCUGAGGAACUACUAGAUUUUCGCCUGCGGAUAAUGGUCUGCUCAUGUCCAAUAACUGUGAUUUUUUUUCGUUUACCAUUAACAGGAGGAAUCGAAUGAAAAAACUUAUCUGUUUGAACGUCUUCCUUACUCCCUAUUUACAACCUUUAUGUUGAUACUUGGAGAGAUGAAAUACCCGCAUACAGUUUUCAAGUACCAACCUCUUCCAUAUCCUUGGAUAAGCUAUGUUGUUUAUAUCAUUUUCUGCCUGUGCAUGCCAAUCAUAAUAAAGAAUCUCUUGGUAAGUAUAUGGCCCAUUAGAUGUCAUUAGGUAUGUAUAUGUUGUAGUUAUUUUUCUUUCAUCUCAGGUACUUUCUAUUUUUCCUUUCUUUCAACUUCAUUAGCAUACAUCACUGUGCCCAAAAAUAAAAAAAGGAAAGAAAAAUUACCUGAGAUAAAAAAAUAGCUACAACAUGUACACCACUGGUUAUGGAGCUUUCUCACUCACGUAAUCAGUAGCUAUGCACAUUUAUUGCAACAAAAGAAAAUUGUUACAUAAGAAAAAGGUUCUACUCCCAGAGGAUGGGUUUGCAACACCAACAUGGCCGCCGUUUCACUGUUUUGGUACACAAAUAUUGCGGACGUGACGUCACCGAAAACGCUCUAUUUGCUAUUUGCACAUUACAUCUUGUUUGCCACCCAAACAUUUUGCAUAACCUUUGUUUUUAAUUUCUCCUUGGUAUUUCAGAGGUCUCAAGAGAAACUGAAGACAAUGCUAAUCAAUUUUUUGGGGGGAAAGGGGGGUGAAUAAGGUGUAUUUAACAACUAUUCCUCGAGCCCGAAUGGGCUAUUGACUCAGAGGCCGUGAGGGCGAGAGGAAUAAUUGUUUUAGUAAAAUCCAACUAGUUGGUCAAAAAUAUCGAGACAAAACAGCUUUAGCUCGCAAAGGGCGAUUCAGCCGCCAUUGUUUCAAUUGGUUUUCAAAGCCGGCGCUUUUAGCUGCUAAUGGGCUAUAACAUAUAGCCUAGUAGUAGCUCAACCAAUCAGAACGCAGCAUUGAUAAUAGACCACAAGUUGAAUUUUACUAAUAUGGGAGACACCCUAUGGGCGAACAGUUUUCAAUAUUUUUACAUUAUCAGCGCAUUGCUUAGCCGCGAAUGUUUUGAAUCACUAAACACGUAAACGCAAAGCAAAUGCUUUUUACGGUCGAACCUUCAACGUGUGUUAUAAGCCAACUGAAUACAUCGAUAAGAUGUUUGUAAAGGAGCAGGUUUCGCGUCACAUGAAAAGGGGACGUUAACUGGACUGUGAACAAAACGGAAGAAAGAGGACCAUCAUGAAAAAUUUGUAAAAUCCUCUAAAUUUUACAGGAAUAUUAUUUUCCUGUUUAAACUCAUCCUACUAAAUUGUGAACCAACCACGUCCUCCCGCGAGGUCAUUAACUGGGGCAAGAUAUUAUAUUCGUACUCCGACAUUUUGUCUUAAAUUAUGUUCUGUACAUUUCGUUUUCAGAUUGGUCUUUCAGUCGGUGACGUUAAUAGAAUUCUUCAAUCUGCCAAAAUGGAGCAACAUGCAAUGCAGGUUUGUACACAUCAAAAAUUGCGAGGAUGUCAGUGUUAACCGGUUUUCCUUGUUUAUAAUAAGCAAGAUUACUCUCUUUUAAUUCCACUGCUCUUUAAGACGCUUUUCUGACAAGUCUGUGACACAGUACACUUCAGGUAAUUCGUUGAAUAACAGGUACGGUUACGCAAAAAAGGGCUGCGUCUACCCGCGCGAAACAAAGAGCUUAAGCAAUCACAACGGCGUCGGCGACGAAAACCUCACUUAAAAAAUGCAUUAGUGCUCAUUCAAACUUCAUUGCUCUCGUUUUAUCCCGUUCAAUUUGACAAAGGUUGGUGAAUUUUUCUGGAGUUCAGUUGUAAAGGUCUGUAUCUUAGUGUAGGAAAAGAAGAAGAAGGAAAUCGUUGGCCUACGUGUAGCCGCACCCUCCUCCCGACAAAGGAAAAACGGGGGGGGAGGGUGCGGCUACGCGUAGGCUAGGAAAUCGUAGCCUGCGAGCAAGCUCUCGAGGGUGCUUGGCGGGAAAAGGAAGGAGAGCUUCCAACUACGUCUCUGGAAUUUUAAUUCCGCCUCCAAUUCCCCUUUGGCUCCCCGUCGACAAAGCUGCCAGAUUUCCGCCAAUCAGUGCUAUGCGGAAACGAGCAUUAAACAUUAAAAACAUUAAAAAACACGUGAAAGCACGUGCCAAGGGUAUUGACGUCAUUACUAAUGUCAGCUCCGCCAACAGCUUUUUCGCAUCGACUUUUUCGAUGCAGAUAUUCAAAUUCCACAGACGUAGUUGCAAGUUAUCCUUCCUUUUCCCGCCCCGGCGCCAGAGCGCCCCGGAGAGCUUGCUCGUAGGCUAAGAAAAUCGUUGUCUUAUGUACGCUUUACUACUUUCUACUAAACGUGAAAUAGACCUUAUUCACGAUACCCGCCAUCUUUGCGCGCGCUUUUAAAGGGAGUGAGUCCUGAUAAAAGCGAUGUCACGUGGUUUCUCAGGGGGCAAAAAAGUGAAAAAAAUUGCCAAUGCAAGAAAUCAUAAUCCAGUUUGUUUAUUUAAGACAACAGAAAAUGAAGAAAUUUGCAUCUUUAAGACGAUAGUUGCAAAUUAUGGGUGGAAGUGAUUAUUGUUACUACUUCUUUGGAUUCAGUAGCGACCGUAGAUGUCCUCAAGCAAAAAAAAAUGACUUAAAUCUUGUCGAAACUCGAUAUGUACAUUGUGCACGACUAUUACAUCGUCGCCUCUUUUUGAGAGAAUAAACAAAGUCGACUGCGAUUACUCGCAUAGGUAAAUUUUAUCGCUGGUUGCCCCCAAAUACCACGUGACAUUUGUUUUAUUCCAUCGAUCCAAGAGCCAUAAUGGAAUCCUAAAGCGCGUGCAAAGAUGGCGGGUAUCGUGAAUAAUGUCUAGUGGGACGUUUCUCGUGGCAAUCGUUUAACUACGGCUAAAAAAUCAACUAAAAGUGUGCUGCACGUGCAAAGUUGAUGUUUUACCAAGCCUAUCAUUGCCGACGUCUUCGUCGUUGCUUAAGUGCCUAAUACUAUUACUACUGCCCGUUACUAAAAACGUUUAAUCAUCUCAAUUCCGUGUCAAUGUUCAGUGUUUUACCGUAAUGCUCCCUUUCUUUUAAGGUCGAAUUGCUUUUGGAAUUAGAGCGGGCCACGCCCAGGAAAGUCCUUAGGAAAAUUUGGGUCCCUUACUUCAUUGAGUACCCUAACAGAAAAAGGACAUGGAUACAGAAGGUAACUAACCGUCUAAUUUCCACCCCUCAAAGUUUUUCAUCUUUUAAUUAACUUAUACAGAUUAGAGAAAAUACAUUGAUACCGGUGGAACGAGCGCCUCAAAAUAAGUAAAGCUACCAGUUUGAGAGUUAUAGAGGUUGAAAAUAAACGCAAAGUAAAGGUUGGGAGAUUUUAUAGACUUUUUCUGUGGUGAGGGGGCAAGUUUGUGCCUCCGCCAUUCACAAACCUCUGUAGGAUUUCGCGGCCAUAACUUGUAGAGGUGUUGAUGGAUUUUCGCUGACUGGAUCUUUCAAUUUUGUUUGCAAUAUUUUACAUUGGAAUGUAUAAUUUGAAUCGAAACGCAUCACUCAAGUUUAGAGUCUUCUCACCAAAAACAUCAUGAAUUAACCCGACUUAGUUCACCAUAAACCAGUGUCCAAUGCCAUCAAUGGUACACAACCCUCUUUGACUCUUAUGAUGGCGUCUGAACAGGCUGUCAAAAUGUCAGUCAACGACAGUCCUAUUCAUGUCAGGACUGCACUUACGCGGACGAUUAAACACCUCGCCCAUUUAUGACAGCAAUUAGAACUGGGCUCAAACCGCUGUGUAUCAUUCAACAGCUGGUAGAGUUGGGAUCUCCUAAGAAACACACAGCCACUCAACAGACUUACGUCAAUCCAGCACUGGUGCAAAUAAAUGAAAAGGUCACCAAACUAACGGAUAAAGUUGAACUACAAGAGGACAAGUUAGUAUAUAAACUUUCGUAGCUAUUUUUUUGUUCGUGACACGUCGAUACGUAACUGAGUAUUCAUCAAUGCAAGUACCUGGGCGUAACCAGGAUUUGUGGUAUCUCGCGUGUAGUCAAAUUAUUGAGUAUCAGGGGAAGAGGGGACUUAAAACGUGCUUGACACUCCUGCGCGUUUUACUGCGACUAGCAAUAGCUGCAUGCUCUUUUUUCAUACUAGCAGAAUAUCAGUUCCCAAUUCAAUUCAAUUUAUAUUUUCCGCUUUUAAGUGGAAAUUACUAAUUAAAAUUACUAAUGUAUUACAUCUGUAACAUAAUCUAUUAGCAGAAGUUCUAUGCAAGCAGCAAGCUCAGCUGAGCUUUUUCCUAGAGGUCCCCUUUAAUGUGUGCAUUACAAACUCGAGUUAAAUACGGUGGCCUUACAUAUUAUUAAGCAGCAACAGUAAUACACUUUAUAUAUGUUCCACCAUGUAGAGUCGAUGUAUUUCUGUUGAACAAAACAUUUCAAUUUUCUUUUAAACAACUGCAAAUGACGUUAUGUCCUUCAAACUAUUUGGCAAACUGUUCCAUAUCAUAGCACCUCAAUAUGAAACUGAGAAACGUCUAUAAUUAGGUCUUUCAUCCUUAAUUUGUACUUUGUUUUGUUCGCGGACCUUGUUUUAUUGGAAUGAAUAGUAUUAUUAAUUCUCCAAAAAGUAAUCUGAAAAAGAUGGCGGCAAUUGUCCUCUAAAGUAAAAGUUUAACCCAUAUAUUGUUAGUAAAUUCAAAGAAAGGAAUACAGGUCUUAUUCCCUCUGCCCCUUUCAACCGUCCGUUUCAGUCUGUCGCUGUUUCCGCCUUUUCCAGCGGAGACAUACAUGUCUCCAGCAUGUCUACUUCCUCUUCUUGUUAGCAGUUCUCUUUAAUGACCGCUUGAGACUAAGUGGGGUGGGGUGGGGGAAUUGUGAUUUUGAAUCGGUGAGUUUUUACUUCUUUCUUCAGAUUACAAAACAUCAUUCGCCUUCUUGGAAGACUUGAUCAAAGACUGACGGAGAUGAGUCCUGGAGGGAAACUGCUGACUAGCACAGUGGAUGGACAUCAGGCAGUGACCAGAGAAACUUCGGUUAGACCUUUUCUUACAGAAAAUUAGCCGUUUUUCACGACACCCGCCAUCUAUUACGCGGGGUAGAUUUGAAGGCCGUUACUUUAGCCCGUUCAAGGCUCCGAGAAAUGCGCGAAAACCGUGUGGGGGCAGGGAAGAGACAGGGUAGUGGAGCCUGUGAGCACUAUUUUUAAUACUUCAUCUUGGUAUUACCCCCUGACUGGUCAAUUUUGACAGUUUACGUCAACACUUAGGUCAAUCACUCGGCUUCUCUCGCGCAAUGCCAAACAAACAUGGGUAAUUUACCAGGAAGAAAACGUACGGUUUGGGCCGUAAAAUGAACGAGUUUGUUGCAGCUAGCAAGAAAUCCCCAAUCUUUGAAAUAUUCAAAUUGAGGGCCCUUUAUUUUAAGAUCGCUUCUAGAAAAAAAAUGGCGGAGAAGAUGUUUGAACAACAACAACAGCAGCAGUAGCAAAGCAAAAUUUUAAAUCAAAAUUAUUUAAUGAGGGCAGUGCACGUUAAGUCACAGACAUUUUUAUUAUUCGAUUCUUAUCGCAUCAAUGGUCUUUUUUUGAAGGGGGCUUCGCUCAGGGGUUUCUCACCGGAACGUCAGCCUCCCGGAAUCAUGCGGAGGCCAUCCAUGGUAAGAACUUUGCAUUAAUUCAAUAAAUUGCAUUAAAUAUUUGAGGGACCGCUAUUCUUUAAAGAGACUGACUCGGAUUAUGCAUGGUCCUUUUAUUACGAUUUUUGUUGGUGACAGUGGUGGUUUUGUUGCUCACGUUACUGUUUUUCUUUGAUACGUAUUUUGACUAAAUCUAAGGAGUAGAGGUUGAGUGAUUUUUACUAAAAGGGCAACAAUUACAUAAUGUUGAAAAACUGAAACUACGAAUAUUUGAUAAAAUUAAGUGUGGUUAAAUAAAAUAAUGACAGUAUUUUACUUUCCGUAUGUCUAUUGUAGGAAUCCACCGUUUGAGGAGUCUCGGCGUUCUUCAUGAAACCAUGAAAGAUCUGCCACAGAAAAGUGGUACAUUCGAGAUUACAAGGCAAUAGCUGCUACAACUCAGUAAAUGGCUGGAUUUUGAUAACUGAGUUUUAGUUUAGUUCCGGGGGGACUGCAAAAGCGGAUACCUCCGACAUAACUGACCGCCGUAUCGUCAUCAUCAUCACCAUCCCAGUGAUUAUCGCCAUUAUAGUUGCCAGUCAUUUUUUAUUGUCACGCAAGAGUUUUAAUUAGUGUAAUGUCUCAUGACAAGUUAAGGCCAAGCCAUCAAAGAAAAAUUUCCCAGUCGUUGUUAUUGAAAGUGUUUUUACCAAAAGGGAAAAUUCCGCAACCCAAAGUCAAACCUGGGCCUUUUCUAUCCUGACAUCUCUCCUUUACCACUACACUAUUAAACCCACCCGCCAAAACUGUCUUUCAUAACUGAUAUUUCAUUGAUAGGUGACCCGGCCUAGUCCUUUCAAUUCAACUUUCCCCUUUUUCUUGCUAAUACUAUUUCAAAAAUGUAAUUUUGCCUUAUUUUAACUUAAUCGAGAGCCCAUAUUGCAUCUUACGUGGUUAAAGGCAAGGUUGUCGAUGAUCGUAUCGACCUUAAAACAUGGCAAAGAUGAAGCCAUGAAAAAUGCUUUUUAGUGUUUUAUUAGCUGAAAAUCACAAAAUAAUUAAAAAUGAUUUGUCGUUUUAUAGCCUCACGACUUAUUUUGAUGAGCAUCUUUAAUGUAAAUAUCACUCAAUGCGGAGAGAUUUGUCCAUAGUGUAUAUAUUUAAAUCUCUACAUAUUAGCUGUGAAUCGCUUUCAAAAAAUAUUGCUGCCACAAAUCCCCUUCCAUCAACAAGGCUUGGUAGUGAAAUUUGCUCAUGUUGAAGUAAACACGUAUAAGGCCUAUAAGUUUAAAUAGAUAACAUUUCAAUUUCAGAGAUAUUUAUAACUUUCUAUGAGAUAUGAAGGUCCUAACUUGCUUUUUAUUUCAGCAGGC